UAUGGAUAUUUAGCAAUUUGAAAAAGAACUAGUAACCAAAUUACAAUUCAAAGCCUCAUCAAGAGUAGGUGUAGAAACUGUCUUACUUAAAAUAUUUAAAUUCUUUGAUCUAACUAAUUAAGGAUUUCUAAAAAAAUAAGACUUUCUUAAAGCUAUAGCUAAAUCUGGAGUAACUAUAACAGAAUAAGAAGUAUCAUUAAUGUAUUAAUUUAGUUCGCUGAAAAAUUGUGGUCUCACUAUUCUGACGGUGUCUAACUUAAUUACAAAGAUUUCAUCAAUAGAGUUGUGAUAAAAGACAGUUAUUAGGAAGAUUAUUCAGAAUCAAGGAUCAUAGCCUCCCCAAUAGAAUCCUUAAGAGCUAAGAUCUAACUGAAAGGAGCUUUGGGCUUGUUAAACUUAGCCAUAAGUUUGCCAAAUUAAUUUAACUGUCAACAAUUACAGGACUAUUUAAGAAGAUAGGAUAUAGAUAUAGAAGGGUUACAUUAAUUAUUUAAUGGAGAAUUCAUGAGUCAAGCUAACUUGAUUGGUUUAAUAAAAGGAUAACUAUUGAACUAGUUUAGAUAGGCAUUGAUCACAAAUGUAUUUUAUUCAUUUGAGGCACGUGAACUAACUCCUCAAUUUUUGAUAAAUAGAUAUUAAGCUGAUAAACAUCCUGACAUUAAAUUUUUGAGAAGAGAUUAGAAUGAAAUUAAAGAAGAAUUUGUUACAGGAUUAAGUCUAUAUUUAUAAAUCAGAGCAAUAAAAGUAUUGAAUUUAUAGGAUUUGCUUGAUUUUUAUUCAUAUUUUGGAUUUAACAUUUAAAAUGAUGAGAUCUUCAGAAAUAUAGUAGUGUAAGUAUGGAAUCUAGAUAAUUUGAACUAACAAUAAGCUUCUCCAUCUUAAAGCGUAAAACAAAAGUCUUAUUAAUAAUAAUUGUAAUAAUCUCCUGGAUCUCAGAAGCAAAUUAAUUAAUAAUUGAACUUUUCUCCUGAAAAUAAAUCAACUAAAUCAUAUUAAUAAUAUUAAUAGUCUCAAAUACAAAGAACCCCUAUAUAAUAACAUCUUUAAGAACCUGAAUAAUAACGACCAUCUGUACCUAGAUCUGUUAAAUCUCAUUAAUCAUAAAAAUCACAUCAAUCUUAAUAAUCAUAAUUGUCUGCAACUUCAAAGUAGGUUGAGUUGAUAGUACAAAGAAUUAGAAAUAGAUUGGUAUCAAGAGGUGCUCGUGGAUUUAUUUCUUUAUAUAGAGUAGCAAAGAUUUUGGAUGCUGAUUAAGAUGGAAUGCUCAAUUUGUCAGAAUUUAGAAGAGCUAUUAGAGAUCAUAAAAUAGAAGUUACAGAUCCAGAAAUAGAUUUAGUAUUUUAAUAUUUUGACAGAGAUGUUUCAGGAUUGAUUGAUAUAUGGGGAUUCAUGUUUGUGUUGAGAGGUGAGAUGAGUGAAUAGAGAAUCUAAUUAGUAGAGUCAUUAUUUGAAAAAUAUAAACAAGGAGAUUAUAUAACUAUUUCAAAUUUAAGGAAUAAUUUUACUGUUAGAAAUCAUCCAGAUUUAAAAAGUGGAAAAAAAAGUGAUGAUGAAAUCAUUUAGGAUUUCUUUGAACCCUUAUAAUAAUUACAUAAUAUCAAUGGAGGUUUUGGGAAUGAAAAUAUUAGUAAAGAUGAACUUAUUGAAUAUUUUAGCAAUUUUAGUGCUUCAGUUCCUGAUGAUAAAUAUUUUGAAUAAAUUCUUGUUACUGUAUUUAAAAUAUAAGCAGAACAACAAAAAACACAUCAUGCUGGCAAUAAAUAAGUCUUUGAACCAGAUCAUAAACGUAGUUAUCUACAAGAUCAUCAUCGAUAUGUUGUUCAGGGUGGUAGUGUCUCUGCUAAUGCUCCUUUUGGCACAUUUACACAAUAAGAAUAAAUUUAACAACAAAGACCUACUUCUGGGUUUGAAUAACCAGCAUCAUUUAAUAUUUUUAAGCCACUUCAAGAUAAUGUUACUAAAUCUAAUGUAUAAUUAGGUCAUUCUUAAUUAUCACAACAAUCCUAGCAAAAUUAAUAAUAAUAAUUUCAUUAUUAAAUUGAGUAGACUCCUAAAUAGUAAAAAUAAAAAAUUGAUAGUUUUUAAAUUUUGAAAAAUAAAAUUUUGUAGAGAGGAAUAAGAGGAUUGAUUAAUAUUCAAUAAAGAUUUAGAGUUUUUGAUAAAUAAGGAGUGGGAUCCUUAUCAUUAAAUGAUUGGUUAAAUAGUUUUAGGUCUUGGAGAUUAGAUUUGAAUGAAUAGGUAAUUUAAGAUGUGUUUCAUUAAUAAUAAGUAAAUGGGAUGAUUAUUUAUGAAAAUUUUAUAAAAUAACUUUAGGGAACUAUGAGUCUAAGAAAAUUCAACAUCUUAUAAUAAGUAUUUGAAUCUUUACCUAAGCAAAAUGUUGAAGUUAUAAAAAGUAUGGAAUGAAUUUAUAAUUAGGUUCAUUUAAUCCUAAAGAGCAUCCAGAUGUGAAAUUGAAUAGAAGAAGAGAAGAUGAUAUUCUGUGUGAAUUUAUUGAUACAUUCGAAUAACAUCAUUAAAUAUUUGUAAUCAAUAUAUUUAUUUGUAGACCGGAAUGGAUUAUUUGAAAAAUCCAAAUGUUUCAUUUGAAGAAUUUAUCAACUAUUAUAAUAAUUUUAGUGUAUUAAUGGAAGAUGAUACAUAAUUUGAAUAAUUACUAGGAGCUGUAUGGAAUCUUAGAAAAAGAUUAUGA